CAUUGGUGUUAUAUGCGUGCUCAUACAGGAGGAGAAGAUGAAAGAACAAUGUUCUUGGUCAAUUUACCGAUCGAUACAACAGAAAAGCAUAUUCGAAUAAUAUUUGCACAGGCUGGUCAAAUUGAAAAUGUGAAAUUAUGGAAAGGUAAAGGAGUAGAAUUAAUGGAAGAAGACGAAGAAGAUGAAGAGCAACCAUCAGGCUCAAGCAAAAAGGUCGUUCAGCAAAUACCCAAGGUUGUACCUCUUCCUUCUUUUGACCCGAGAGACCCAAAUCCAUUCCUUCCUACUUCUACAAGCGCACAUGUCACGUUCUUGGACGAAUCUUCUCUGGCCAGAGCACUCGAAAUUCACUCAAAGAGAUCCAACACAGUUCGUACAGCAGAAGAAGCGGCGGCAAAAUCCGCAACAAGUGCUCCUCCUGUUGGAUUAGACUAUUUGUUAGCCCGUCAUCGAGCUGUCCGACCUGCUUCAAGCCUGGUGAAAGAGCAUGCGGAUAGCGUGAUUGCUUUGUUCGAAUAUAGACUCAAGAAUCCUAAACAGAAGUCUAAAGCGAGCACAGGUGGGAUUGAAGCUGUUAGUGUUGGUCCAAACGGAGAAAUGUUGGACGCAGAUGGAUUCAUUAUUGUUCAGUCUACCGGAAAAUAUGGUCGAACAGCUGACGCACAAGGAGGAAGCGUUCGUGUUGCUCGAUCACGAGCACAAGGUGAGCGAAACCGCGGAGCAGAUGACGAGCCUGCAAAGAAGAAGAAGAGAUUGGAAUUGGACGAUUUCUAUCGAUUCCAAAGAAGAGAAGCAAAACGACAAGAGCUUGCUGAUUUGCGUGCUAAAUUCCAAGCCGAUCAAGAAAAGAUUAAAGAACUCAAAGCGAACCGAAACUUUAAGCCA